CUGCGUCCUGGUAAUGGUAAUGGACACACCCUUGCCACUCUCGCUGUUCUUCUGGCUCUCUCUGUCUGUUUCUCACUCUCAAUCUUUGUUCUUGGGUGCUUACGGCUUUGAAGGGACGAGUGCUUCUUCCUCAACUUCGACCAGCACCACCCCGUCCGCAGCCAGCAGACGAUUCUAGAGCCAAGUUGCCGAACAGCAAAGCGCCCCUCCAUCCGUAGCCAGACGCCCCUCAAUCAGACAUGGACAUGGAAGAGUGGAAAUUCCCCGAAUCGUCGUAUAGCGUAGCAGUGCAGUACGCCGAAGAGACGAUGAAGCUGCAAGGGAUUCACAGAAAUAGGGCGCAAAUGGGCGGAAACCAGCAGGAGGAUGUGUUUGGUGGAUAUGUUAGAUCUUAUGGCUUCAACUAUGACAAGAAUAGUAAUAUAGCUCAAGGCUCAAUGUCGAUCAGCUUUUCUCAUCAGAGAUGGAGACAACUUCCUGUCACAGUGGUCAUCUUAGGAGCGAUAUACGAAGAUGGAAAGGCCGGGCAACGAAUUGUUGAGAGAACCGCGAAACUUUCUGAAUUAUCAGAUUUGGUGCACUUAUUGCCAGCAAAUCCAGCAGUACGUAGUGGUGUACCAGCAAUUCAGUGGCCCCUUUUUCGUAGGCAACAUACCGCAAAUCAAUGCUGGAAGUUUCUCACGUAUUGA